AGAAAAAUAGAAUUUAAUUCCUCUAAGGCAAAAACCUGUUCUCAAAGGUAGUAUUUUCUGGAAAUGACAGAAGUGUACCCUUUAACAGUAAUAUCUAAAGCCUGUUUAAAAGAUGCACAUUUUUGGGGGCGCCUGGGUGACUCGGUUAAGGGUCCGAUUCUUGAUUUCACCUUGGGUUGUGAGAUUGAGCCCACACGUCGGGGUCCACACUGGGUAUGGAGCCUGUUUAAGGUUCUGUCUCUCUUCCCUGUGCCUCAUCCCUGCCCCCCUCGCUUGCUCUCUUAAAAAAAAAAAAAAAGAUGCAUAGAUGCAUAUUUUCCUAUUAUACAGAACCUUUACAACGAACGUAGAGACAGAAAAUGCUGUCUGAACCCACACUUACUCUGUGACAUUACCUAUUUUGCAGGGUUAAUUCAUCUUGUUUCUGAUUAAGUUUGAUCCUGUGAGAAAUGACUACUGGCAGAAAAACGAAGGAUAGAAGUGGAAAUGAGCAUACAACCACAAGCAGGGGCAUCUCAGAGAUCAUCUCAAGUAAUGGGGCCUGACUUCUGUGAUGAGUGAAAGAAUCCAGGUUGGUAAAACAGAUGGCCAUCAAAUGACCAAAAAUACUGGGAUUGGCUGUUAGAGCUGCAUUUGAAGAGGAGCUCUCUACUCUGGAGAAUGGCAAAGUUCCCCUGCAAGAACUAACUUGUCCUCGGAGGAUGCUACCUAAGAUAGAGGACAGAACUGACACACAAACCCAGAAGCACAUUGGGCCACUUCCCAGCCUAACUCCAGUGGCCAGGGUCAGCUCAGCCCCAUCUAGUGGAAAAAGUUCAGAGCUUUCACGGGAUUCAGCUCUUGAGGCGUGAAUAUGCCUGGAAGCCCGUCUGCUGGUGGCUGUGAGCUGACAGCUGCUCCACAAUACUCCACCAGAAAUCUCGAUUUCCGCACUGUGUAAGGAAGGACAGCCCAAGUGAGCAGAUAAAGAUACGUGUGUCUAGGAAGUCUGCCCUCUCAGGCGAAUGUAUACUGCUUGCCCUCCCUGUGACUUCCAGCUGAGAUCAACCUUCCCAAACUUCCUUCCAGGGACUUGGAGUAAGAUGCAGGCGAGAAGAAAAGGCUGAGCAGACUUGAAGGAGGAAACUGAAAAGUACUUCCAGGAACUAUUCCUAGAUCUCAAGUGACUGGAUGCUCCUCUGGGUGAACCACAACAACAGAUUGAGCUGAGUACAACAAACUAAAAUGAGGAUAGACAUCUCUACAGCUGAAGGCAAUAUAACCACAGUCCAUGGAGGAAAUAGGAUAAAGAAGGAAAUUAAUUUCUUGGUCUCACUGCUGCAUCUCCCAAAGAAAUGACUGAUGCUAUUGUGUAUUGGCAACUGUGUCUUGACCACCUCAAGCUCUCAGAUGUGUACUCCAAUGAUGCAGUAUACUCUUGGGAAGAUGGAUCUACAACAUAAUCCUUCAUAGGUACGCCUUGACAUGUGAUUAGGGAUGUGACUGGAGAAAGGACAAAGCAGAGCCCUUUAAAGUAUGGAGCCUAGGUGGUUCAAUUUCCAGGAUGAAUUUCUAAGAGGUAGUAUUCAGUAAGCAGCCCUUCUCAAACUUAAUUGGAUAUAAAUUUCACCCAGCUAAAAAUGGUGGCGGGAAGGAGGCCUGGUUUCCAUUAUCAAUCAAAUCACUUAUUUGAAUGAACUUUUUGUGAAUCCAAAUGAAGAACAUUUGAGCUGAAUGGAUAAAACUAUGUGAAAAGACAACUCUGUCCCUUGGAAAGAGCGAUGUUUAUGGAAGAAUCCACUCAGAGACCUUGUGCCCUUAGGCGUGGAAUACUUUAUACUGCUCUCCAAAGUACUUCCCUGCAGGCAGUAAAUUGAAGGAGAUUUCCUUCCAGAGCUCAAGCCCGGAAGGCUGACAAUGCUGCUGAUGGCAGUAUACUGACCGCUGGCCUACUGUGGAGGAGUUGUACAUAGCUUGUUCCUGAUUUAGGAAGUUGUCCUUAGCAGGCAAGGCUGGUUUUAGAGCCUCUGACCUGUGCCGUUGCCCAUGCUUGGGUUACUGGUCUGCUGUUACCAUCCUGAGAUGCUUAGUAAGUUUUGAAGAGGAUUCUGCAUUUUCAUUUUGUACUUGGAUUUACAAAUUAUAUAGCUAGUCCCAUUAGUAGGAGCUCAGAUUCAUUUGAAUAAGCUUGAAUAAUGGUUUGAAUAAGUUCAUAAGUUCCAAUUUGAGAUAAUGGCCUGCCGUUAAACUGCUGAAGUUGAUUCUCAUACUUUUCACUAUAUCUACUGCAGUUGUUUUGAUGGAUUAAACAACAUUCUACAAACUAAAAUGGGCCCCCCUGGCAUCACAUCUGUAGUGAGCUUCAAAAGCCCACUGCCAAAACAAGAGAACCAAUGGGACAAGACUUGCUUAUUCUGCUGGCUCAUAGUCCUUUAGAAAGCUAAGGAUGUUCACUCCUCAAAGACCCACAUAUUUCCAUAGUAAGAGGCUCAUUUGUGCAGUUACUGCCUCUGUUUCCUUUUAUCCACCUUGAAAUUCCUAGCUUCCACAUCUGCAGGCCACAACAGGGUUGAAAAUGGACUCAUCCCAUCAAAAAUCUUUCAUGGAUUUGGACACUUUUAGUACCUAAACAACUCUUGGCAAAUUACUCUGAAUCUGGGACUUGGUGUUCCUGACGGACAGAGGAGGGAAAGGGAAAACAGUUCACAAUAAAUAAGCAAAAUGCUAUCCUUCUGGAAAUAAUUUGUAUAGAAAACAACUGUUUUGGCUUAAUGAGACAAAUUUUCCCUCCCACUUGAUUUUCCAUUCACUCAACAAAGGUUCUAUAAGGAAUGUGCUAGAGAGAGAUUGCGAUAAAGUGAUAAAAAAGAGAGGAGAUUCAGAAUUGUGGGGAUAUAAACAAGUAAACAAAGAGUACAAGGACAUGUUAUAGGUGCUAAGAUAGAAGUAUCUAUUAGAAUGCUUUAGGCCAAAAGGAGUUAAUAGGAUCAGUUCUUUUGGUCAUCUUUCAUGAGUUCCCUGGCUAUGACAUUUUUCUUCACGAGCCUUAGUAUUAUAAUUAUUGUUAAUAGGUAACAUUCAUAAAGUAAUUGGCAUGUUCAGACACAGAGCUAAAAACAUUAUACAGGCAUUUUCUCAUUUGUCUCGAAAUAUGAUCAAUUAGGUCCAUGUAGAAACCCCAUUGUACAGAAGCAGCUGAGACCAGGACAUGAUAUGAGUGCUCAAGGUCACCCAGUGCCUAAGAGGUAAAGUCACUAUUUGAUUCAGCUGUUCUCCUCCAAAGCGUGCCUUCUCAGGGAAGCCAGCGCUGCCUCCAGAAACAUGGCUGCAGCACCAUGUGUAAUCAUGGUUCGUACAAAGUAUUGGAAAAAUGGCCUCUACUAUUUCUCAGAGUCGCUUUUGUUUUCACAAAAUACACUGGAACUGGCAUCUCCAAAAGGGAAUUUUUUUUCCUCUCCCCUCACUAGUAGGGUCAGGUUUAUUUGCUUCAACAACUUAUGGAUGCCAGUGCUACAAAUGGCUCCCAUGCGACCAGAGUAAAUCCCUAAAAUGUGGGCUAAACACAGAGUGGUUUGCCAUGGCUUCCUGUAGGAGAUAUUGUGGGUAUUUUCAUGCCUUCCAGGUAAGGGGUGAAUUCUGCCCCCAGGGAAGAUUGUGUAUUCCUAUGUCCCUAUUCCUUAGUGGUCAGUAUUAGACUUUUAAUGUCGCAAGUACUGGAAGCCAGACUUUUGAGGCUCAUUCCCAGAAACCCCUUUAGGCUGGUUGGUACUAGUGGCUCCUUGUAAUGAAGACUACUUGGGUUUGAAGUUUUAGGGAAUUUUUCGUUGUGUUACACACUUACACACAAUAAUACCAUAAGGAGAGAAAUGCUGGAGGGUAGCAGUUUAGAGCCAGGAUUGGGCAGGGGGUGGGACAAAGCUGAUGAAGAGGCCAGGAUAAGGUCGAGGAGCAUUUGAGUGAGUGCUAGAAAUAGAAUUCAGGUUUAGUACUUCCCCUCUGCAAGUAACUGCUGCCUUGUAACCUGAAACAGGAUUAGUCUGGGGCAAAACAAAGCAAAAUUGACAUUUUCUUGAGGGAGGUUUUUGGGUUUUUUUUGUUUUGUUUUGUUUUUUGCUUUUGUUUUUUUCUCUGCUGGAAUCUAGAGACAGACUCCUUGGCUGGGUGCUAAGUGUUGUCAAUGGGGAGAGGCCCUAUGUAAGCCAACUUCGGUUCCUUCCACCCUGAAAUAGUUCCUUGCUCUGACCUUGACCUGAAUGUUUAACAAAGCUGUGAAAUGGAAGGUAAGACUAGAAAACACCAGCGAACAGAGAAAGAAAAGAAUCAUUCAUUGCUACAUUGUGAAGAACUCAGGUGUCUGAUUACCAGGCUCUCCAUUGUUGCUUGGGCCAUGGCACAUGGAAGGAGCAAUCUUGGAUGGACUUUUUAAAAAAGAAUAUUGUUAUUAUUUGAGUAGAAAACAUAAAUAAUCAUUCUGAUGGAAUCUGAUAAUGUUCUUCAUCCUGUAGUGCUGGUGAAUAUUAAUCUCUAGUUGUUGAGUGGAAAAUGUCAGAUUUAGAGAGAUCAGAAACAUAGUAAGUUGUUUAAAUAAAACACCUAUAUGUAUGAAAACAGUUGUUUUAGAAACAGUAUGACACCUUACUACUACCUGUCUUGGAAUGGUUAGGCCACCAAGGAAAGUGUAGUGUGCAUCUGUGUUCCUUUACUCAUUUAUUGUCGGGCAGUUUAUAGCCAUGGUGCUCUCUGUGCACAGAAGACACCAGCUCAUCUGUCCUCAGAAAGCUUAUGAUGUCCAGGAAAGACAAAAAAGCACAUGAACUUGAGACUCAGACAUGUCAGAGGCUGCACAAAGGACUGAUGGGGCUGGAAACAUAGGGAAGCCUCUCCCUGCGCUUCUUUGCUUUGGGGGAAGAGAGCCAACAAGGGUAGCAGCAGUGGAGGUAGUGGUGAUGAGAAGCACCAGAAGAGCCCACCUAAAGGACGUCUAGAGCAGGAGAAUGGGGAGCCUGCCUGAGGGACUGCCUGCUGACUCCCUGUUGGGUAUUAGUUGGAGGUGAGCUGAAACAUGGGACAAAGAGCGGGUAAGUUCAGAUGACUGCAGUGGGGGGUAGUUCUGUUGUACCCACAGGUUGGUGCAGCCUGGUAAAGGAUUAUAUACAGACUUGAAUUCAAGGCAGUGUGAGAGAAACCUACAGUGAUCUUUGCAGAAACUAGAUGAGUUAAGGUCCCUUUCAGUUCAAAUAGUUUAUCAUGUUAUGAAGCAAGAACUAUGGAAAGUCGUGGAAGAAUUUAUUCAAGUGGUGUAUCAGACAUCAAUUCAAUUAUGGAGCUUUGUACAUCCUCUCCACUUUAUGUACAUCCUCUGGCCCCACCUGAGGCAGGUUCUAGAGUCAUGUAUUUUAUUACAAUUAAAAAACAAAAGAAUAAGUAAUACUCUUUAAUUAUGAUCAGUAUACUAUAAAUUGAUCUUAAAAUAACCGAGCUGUUACAGAAUUCUUAAAAAAUGUUUACAGUCUUUAUGUGGGGAAUCGCAAACAUAGAUCCUAUUAGUUUUCUUGAAUGUUAAUUUAUUACUCUGAAGUUAUGGAAAGAGUUUUUGAAAUUAGCACAGCCGUGUGAAUGUACUUAACACUUAUUGAGAUGUACAAUUAAUGGUUAUGAUGGUAAGUUUUAUGAUAUAUAUAUGUAUAUAUAUAUUACCACAACUCAAAAGAAAGGUUAAUAAUAAUAAUAAUAAAUCUUUGCAGGCUCAGAAAUUUCACAACUAUAGGGUCAUGGAGAGAAAGAGACACCUACAUGUACUUGAGUACUCUGUAUUGUUGCUAUAUGCAUUUUAGGAAGCCAGGCAUAUUUCUUUGUCCCUGCCCUUUAUUACAUGAUAUGGCACAUGUACAGUUUCCAUAUUUGUCAUAGAAGUUAGAAGGUGCUUUGUUUUCUUUCAUCACUGUGGUGGAGGCUGCUGGUGCCCAGUGGCAUCCUGGAUCCCCUCUUUUUUGAUUUCCCACUCAUGGUGCUUCUUGCUCCCUGUGCAUCAGGGCAAAAGCAGGGCUGGGAGAUGAAACUAGUUCUCAUCAAAGUCAGUGUGCCUCACUGAAGACCAGGAACCUUUUCCGCAAGCUCUGUUUGCUUCUCUGCUGGCCAAAUGGAGAUGAUUCCAAAGACUCAGAGGAAGGUGGAAUUGUAAGAAGGAAUGCGCCUGAAUCUCUAAAUGACUGCAUGGAACUUCACUGCAAUCUUGCAUGGGACUGUGACAGAAAUGAGAAUACACCUGUUGCGUUAAGCCACUGGAAUUUUACUCUUGUUAACAUCUAGCCUACUCUGAGUAACACAACCAUAAAAGGCUUCCUCUGGCCUCUGAGGGUGUGUUCUGCUACAUGCAAGGUAGACCCUAAAUGCUGAGAAGUUACAAGAUAGCAAGUAGCCCGCAACCAGGAGGUUGAACAGUCCCUUCUUGUUCCUUGGGGCAGGAAGAGGAUGGAAGUAUUUUUCAUGAAGACAGGAAAUAUCUUCACUAUGCUUUGUGAACUAGAUGAAAUUAUCCUAGAAAAGCAGGUCCAUUGGAGUGAGGAGAGAAGCCUCAGAGAGUUGAAGAAAUCAUGGGACCCAGUUCUACUGAGAACCGACUAAACCAAAAAUAUACACAGAAGAUCAUGGCCAAUGUGUCUGGAGGCCUAAAAGCUGUCCCCUUUCCAACUUCAUUUGUAAUUUUAUAAUCUUGGGCAGAUCAUCUUUCCUCAGAGCCUUGAAUUCAUCGUUGGUAGAAGUAGAAAUGGUUAGCACAACCUUAGCCAUUGCAAUGUGUUUCUGAAGAGUAGGUCCAGCUGUGUUAAAAUAUACACUAGUGCUUUAUGGGGCCAAGGCAGAUUAGACCAUGCAGAAUUGACCAGCCUGGGUUGAACUGAGACAGGAGUCCUCCUGCUAAGGUAGGAGCAGAAUAUUCAGGACCCAUGUUAUAGGAUCUGGAAGAGAAAGAAACCUGGAUGCUUUUUGCCAUUCUGAUGGUAAGUGAUGAGACAGGCAACCAUGGAUUUCAGCACUCCAUCUGUGUUUGAUCAGCAAAAAGAUGUGAGAAAGACACAUAGAACAUCAGUCAUGAAAGGAACUGUAGAGGCCAAGCUUCUACUCAACACAGGUGACUCAUCUGAGGAAGUUGACCUGACCAUGGUUUAUCAGGCAGCUUCUAAUGGAGAUGUCAAUGCUCUGACUUCAGUAAUUCGGGAAGACCCUUCCAUCCUAGAAUGCUGUGACAGUGAAGGAUGUACACCCUUGAUGCAUGCAGUUUCUGGACGUCAAGUGGACACAGUGAAGCUGUUGUUGAAGAUGGGGGCCAAUAUUAACAUGCAGGAUGCUUAUGGUCGCACGAGUCUAUGCCUGGCAACCUAUCUGGGUUGGCUGGAAGGCUGUGUGAGUCUGCUUAGAAAUGGUGCCAAGCACAAUAUCCCAGAUAAAAAUGGCCGUCUGCCACUGCAUGCUGCCACUGCUGAGCCCGAUGUGAGGCUCCUGACAGUCUUGGUGCAACAGUCCAAUCUGAGCGACAUUAAUCACCAGGACAAUGAGGGAAUGACACCACUCCACUGGGCAGCUUUCCACAACCGGCCUCAGCACACUCAAAUGCUGCUGAAGAAGGGAGCAGACCCUACUCUUGUGGAUAAAGACUUCAAAACAGCUCUCCACUGGGCAGUCCAGAGUGGAAACAGAAUUCUGUGUUCCAUCAUUCUGAGCCACCACCAGGGUCCGUCCAUCAUCAACUACGACGACGAGAGUGGGAAGACAUGUGUGCACAUCGCCGCGGCAGCGGGCUUCAGUGACAUCAUUAAUGAGCUGGCAAGAGUGCCCGAGUGUAACCUGCAGGCUCUGGAUGUGGAUGACAGGACCCCUCUGCACUGGGCUGCAGCUGCAGGGAAGGCGGACUGUGUCCAGUCACUGCUGGAGCUCGGCAUGGACAGCAACCUGCGAGACACCAAGGAGAGCACGCCCCUGGCCUACGCCCUGUACUGUGGCCACGCGGCCUGCGUCAGACUCCUCUCCCAGGAGAGCAGAACAGAGCCUACUCGACCCCUUCCUUCCCCAAACAGUAGACCCCAGAAGAAGGAGGGACGAUUCAGCAAGCUCAACCAAAUCUUCUGCAAAAACAAAAAAGAAGAGCAGAGGGCCUAUCACAAGAAUCACAGCAGGGACCGACACAGGGGAGAGCACACCUCGGAAGUUGAUGACAUCAUCACCACCUUUGACAGCAUCGCAGAGACCAACUGCCAAGAAGAGGCUGGUGAUCAGGUGGCUAUGAUUGACUUUAAGAAGCGGACCUCAGAGAAUUCAAAAUAUCUCUUGCCAGAAAAGAAGCCUCUGGCCCAUAAGGGGCUUCCACCAAUCAGAACGCAGAGUCUCCCACCCAUCACCCUGGGCAAUAACUUCCUGACGGCUUCCCAGGGGGCCACUUCCCAAGCAGGCCUGAGCUCUGGUACUCAUCAGAUGGCCCAGCGAUCUCAGAAAAGCCGAAGCGAGCAGGACUUACUGCAUAACAGAACUGGCUGCCAGACAUUGCUGGAAAACUCCUGGAGAGGUGAUUCUAACCAGGUGCUCUGUAAGGCUUGCACUGCGUCUUCUUCUGAUAAGCUGCUAGACAGGUUGCUCACCAGCAAGUCUGGUCACCAGGAGGUCUUGGGGCUGCCCCAUCUUCCUCACCUACACAGUCCUUCAUCAGGGCAAAAUUUUCAGCAUCUCUCCCCAAACAGACCCCAAAUCAGGGAACUUCCUAUCACCCGGAGCAACCUAGCUCCCCUGCCAGACCAAAAAUUUCUAUCUGGAGGACUUCUGCGGACAAACCGAGUGCUUCCUGCUAUUCCAAGCCAACGGGGACAUAGCACAGCAGCCGAACACAGUGAAAGCUUGGCCAGUCCCGCCACUGAUGAAAAUUAACUGUGGGUCACCAGCUGUAAAAAUAGAGAUUAUAUAUAUUUUCAACUGUCAAAGGAUGAGAUUACUCUAGUUUGUGAGAACAAAGACUGAUUUAGUAAAUUGCGUUCUAAAAGCCAUUCACAGUUUUAUAACUCCUUAUGCCAAUGAUAUUUCCCAAGUAAGUGCUUGGAAUCUUUGAUCGUAUAUAUAUUUUAAGUCUGUAAGUUUCUAUGACGUCUCCAUGACAAAAUAAAAAGCCACAAUAUGUUAUCAGCA